CCCAAGGUUUGAACGAGGAGACGAAACAGCUGCACACAGAGAAGCUUCGCUCUUUUUUCUCCCCCUCUACUCCGAAAAUAUUUCAGUUGUGAACAAGUAAAAGAAAGAAAAGGCGAAUGUAAAAUUGUAGUGGGGAUAAAAACGCGCUUGGCGAGGAGUGUGGAGGAGAGGAGACGCCGGACGCCGGUUCGGCUGCACUUGUAUUAUUGCUCCUUGGCCCAUUGUUCGAUCCGUUCACGUCGGCGGCGUCCCAACAUAUUGUGAAAAACUUUAUUCAUCCCGUUUCUUUAUUUUAUUUUAUUUAUUCAUUUUUUUUCUUCAAUUUUGUGAACGUUUUUUGGUAAUAACAUGAUAUAAGUCAAGUGCAAUUAUUAUUAUUAUUAUUACAACGGAACUCUAUCAUCAAAUGAAUUGAGCGAUUAUUGGCUACUAAAGUUUUAUUAUUUUAUUUGUGUUGUGCUGGGUAGUUCACAUCACGUGAUAAACAUGGUGGCCGGCUCGAAAAUGAUGAAUGUCAGGGUUACCACGAUGGACGCCGAGCUGGAGUUUGCCAUCCAGCAGGCAACCACCGGUAAACAACUGUUUGAUCAAGUCGUUAAAACCAUCGGUCUACGUGAGGUUUGGUUUUUCGGACUCCAGUAUACAGACAUUAAGGGUGAUCUCACCUGGAUCAAGCUCUAUAAAAAGCCAGAGAGUGCUUUAACACGCGUGGUCAAAAAGGAGGUCAAAAGGAAAGUACGGAAGCUGAGAGGUUGUUCAGAUUCAGAUUCUGAUGAUGAUGAGUAUGAUGGGGAACUGUCUGGAGUUUCAUUCUUCUCUAGGGUGCUACCAUGUGGCCGAAGAAAUAUCUGGCACGUAAUGAGCCAGGAGGUGAAAAAAGAGAAUCCAUUGCAGUUCAAGUUUCGGGCAAAGUUUUAUCCUGAGGACGUUGCUGAGGAACUCAUACAAGACAUCACUCUACGACUUUUUUAUCUGCAGGUGAAGAAUUCCAUCCUCACUGAUGAAAUAUAUUGUCCACCUGAGACAUCUGUAUUACUGGCUUCCUAUGCAGUUCAAGCAAGACAUGGAGAUUUCCAAAAGGGAAUUCAUACUCCUGGCUUCCUAGCCAAUGAUCGUCUUCUUCCCCAGCGUGUUAUGGAUCAGCACAAAAUGAGUAAAGAGGAAUGGGAAAGUUCCAUUACCACCUGGUGGCAAGAACAUCGUGGUAUGCUACGCGAGGAUGCUAUGAUGGAAUACCUAAAGAUCGCCCAAGAUUUAGAGAUGUAUGGAGUAAACUACUUUGAGAUAAGAAAUAAAAAGGGAACUGAACUAUGGUUGGGUGUUGAUGCGCUUGGACUUAAUAUCUAUGAGAAAGAUGACAAAUUGACGCCUAAAAUUGGUUUUCCAUGGUCGGAAAUUCGCAAUAUUUCAUUCAAUGAUAAAAAAUUUAUUAUUAAACCAAUUGACAAGAAGGCACCAGAUUUUGUAUUCUUUGCACCCAGAGUUAAGAUUAACAAAAGAAUUUUAGCACUUUGUAUGGGCAAUCAUGAAUUGUACAUGCGUAGACGCAAACCCGAUACUAUUGAUGUUCAGCAAAUGAAGGCUCAAGCACGUGAUGAGAAAAUAGCCAAGCAACAGCAACGUGAGAAACUCCAGUUGGAGAUAGCGGCACGCGAACGUGCAGAGAAGAAGCAACAAGAAUACGAAGAAAGACUCAGAAGUAUGGCUGAAGAGAUGGAUAGGCGGCAGGCAGAACUCAAUGAAGCUCAGGAAAUGAUUAGACGCUUGGAGGAACAGCUGAGACAAUUGCAACAGGCUAAAGAGGAGCUUGAAGAUCGUCAAAAGGAAUUGACUGCAAUGAUGGAGAAACUCGAGCGUUCUCAUGAGAUGGAGGCUGCUGAACGUGCCAAGUUGGAACAAGAAAUACAUGCCAAGCAGGAGGAAGUUAUGCGUAUUCAGUCAGAAGUUGAGGCUAAAGAUGCUGAGGCACGCCGAUUACAGGAAGAGGUUGAGGCUGCUAGGCUACGACAAGAAGAGGCAGACAGGGCUUUUCAAGCAAGUACCACUCCACAUCAUCAUCACGUCGAGGAGAAUGAAGAUGGUGAAGAUGAGGGAGAGGAUGAGGCCCCUCAUGGUGAUGUUACCAAGGACCUAAUCACUGAUGAAUCCAUCAUUGAUCCUGUUGAAGAACGACGUACACUUGCUGAGAGAAACGAGCGCCUUCAUGACCAGCUCAAGGCAUUGAAACAAGAUCUUGCCCAAUCUCGGGAUGAAACCAAGGAAACAGUUAUGGAUAAAAUUCAUAGGGAAAAUGUUCGUCAAGGUCGUGACAAAUACAAAACUUUGCGUGAAAUUCGCAAAGGCAAUACCAAGCGUCGUGUUGACCAAUUUGAAAAUAUGUAAAUUACCCCCGUAAAGCAUUAUUUUCAAAAACUAACGAAAGAAUCAGAUCGAUCAGAGAAUUAAAAAAAAAAAAAAAGUUACAAUACUAUUUACAAAUUUCUCUUUUCAUCUCUAAAAACUUGACAGAAAGCCACCAAAAAUACAUUUGCAUUAUAUAAAGUCAUAAAGAUUCGGCUAAUAAACCAUAUUGACGUAGCCUCCUCUUUGGUCAUGAGCAAAUAUUUUGGCAAUUUAUCGUUUCCAUUUAAUCUCCCUCUUGUCUCAACUCCUCAUAAUGCUCAAUACUUCAAAGGACAGAAUUUUUUCUCCCUUGAAUCGAUCAUUGAUUUCUUGCAUUAUUGAGAGAGAGGGAGAGAGAGAGAGAAAGAAAGAAAGAAAAAAAAAAUUACAAUUUGCAUAUCGAUCACUGAAAGGAUAAUUAACGCCUUGUAAUUUUUUCUUGCUAUUCAACUCAAAAUAUUUUUUUUCUGCCAUUUUUUUUAAGAAUCGAAGUUAAAGUUUUGUACUUGUCAGUCCCCUCUACGAUACUUCUAAGAAUAUUUUUCACAUUUUUAUGAAAAAGAAAAAAAAAAGAAAGAAAGAAAAAAAAUUUUUUUUCUUGUAAUAAACUCUAUUUUAAAAUUUACUGGAUCGAAUGGGAUUGAUUUAAACUUUAAAUAUAAACAAAAUAUACAAUUUGUAAUAUUGAAAAUCAAUUAUAAAGCGUUAUUUUCUCAGAUAUCAUAGCCUUGACGGCCUAUCCUCGAAUUUUUGAUACCUUUGAACGUUGAAAUUCAAAAGAAUAACAAAACUUGUGGCCUUCCUAGUGAGUAUAAUGUAAACACGCAAAUCAUAAGUAGAGUGAAACUAUUUACCGGCGAAUGAUGGCCGUGUAUUUCUUCCAUCACCCAAUUUUGAGAGGAAAAAGUUGAUUAAAAAACAUUUCAGCAAUGAAGAAGAACCAAAUAAUGAAAAUUUAUUGGAUGAGAGCCCUUUUUCUAAACUCUGUCUUUCGCCGUCUGUCUCUCUUUCUCUUUGUUUUUGUUUUCUUGCGGAUAAAUGAUAAUGAAUAAAUGAGAGGGAUGUGAAAACAAGUAUGAGUGUGGAUGUGAUGAAUGGGCAAAUGUCAAAAGCAAAAUUGCAAAAAAGCAAAAUAACGUCGUGCACUUUAAAGAAAGCACUAUAUAUAGAUCUUCUUUGUGCUUUUGCCCUGUACCAUUUGAGGCGAUAGAAAUAAUCCAACCUGUUGAUGCUGCCAAUGUUUUUUACACAUGAAUUGAGAUAUUUUGAGAAGGUUAUAACAACAAUUUGAUGAUUUUUUUUUUCUCGAAAAAUAUUUGAAAUAUUGUUACCCCUAUCACUGAAUAAAUUUUUACCAGUUUUUAAAGCAUGAUCCGAAGGAAAAUAAUCAAGUUAUAUAUCAAUAAAAGAGGAUUCAAUUGAGGCGAAACUUUAUCAUCCAUUUUUUCAAAUAAUAAUGGAUAUUUUUUGAUUGUAUUUAAUAUUAAUAUUCACAGAAUAGCAGCGUUAUUGCAUUAAUGUUUACAGUUUACUAGCGUUAUAGAAUAUUAUUACGAUGAUUGUGAAAAAAAUAUGAAAUAUUCUGAGGAAACGAGAAAGUUGAUGGAAAUUUUACUUUAUCAUUUUCUCUCCCCUGUCGUCAGAAAAUUUCACCUCACAAUAUAUUAUUUUCGUUACAAAGAAAACAAAUGUGUUUCAUCUUGUGCAAAAAAGUUGACCACAAUUGACCAUUAAAUUACUGUUAAGACAUUCCAAAUGAAUAACGCUUAUAUAAAAUGAUUCUGGAACCGAUAAACAAAAAUUCUAACAA